AUGCCCGCACAGGCUGCACGACCGCCUCCCGCGGCGCCAAGAGCGGCGAGAAGGGAUGUGGGGUUGUUGAAGGACCCGGCGUCCAAGGCAGGUGUCGCUGGAGCAGGCCAGGAGGAGGUGGAUCCGAGUAAAGACUACCAGCUUCAGGAGAAACUCGGCGUGGGCAGCUUUGGCGUCGUCUACAAGGCCAUCCACCUCCCGACUUCUCGACCUGUAGCAAUCAAGAUCAUCGACCUCGAAGGCUCGGACGACGACAUUGCCGAGAUCCAGCUCGAGAUCUCGCAUCUUGCGGCAUGCGACUCGGAGUGGGUGACGAAGUAUUACGGGAGCUUUCUGCGCGGUUGGAAGCUGUGGAUAGUGAUGGAGUACCUCGCCGGCGGUUCCUGCCUCGACCUCCUGAAGCCUGGACCGUUCUCCGAAGCACACAUCGCCAUCGUCUGCCGUGAACUCUUGCUCGGCCUCGACUACCUCCACCAUGAGAACAAGAUUCACCGCGAUAUCAAAGCUGCCAACGUUCUCCUUUCCGCGACCGGCGCCGUCAAAUUGGCCGACUUCGGCGUUGCCGCGCAGCUCACCGCAACUCUCGGCCGGCGAAACACCUUCGUUGGCACGCCCUACUGGAUGGCGCCCGAAGUGAUCCGCCAAGCCGGCUACGACUCGAAAGCCGACAUCUGGUCGCUCGGCAUCACCGCUAUCGAGCUCGCGAAAGGCGAGCCACCGCUCGCUGAGUAUCAUCCGAUGAGGGUGCUGUUCUUGAUCCCCAAGGCGAGGCCGCCGAGUUUGGAGGGCAACUUUAGCAAUGCGUUCAAGGACUUUGUUGCGCUUUGCUUGAUCAAGGACCCGAAGGAGCGUCCCUCGGCAAAGGAGCUGCUCCAGCACCGCUUCGUCAAGUACGCCCGCCGGACCUCACAACUCUCCGAGCUCAUCGAGCGACACCACGAAUGGCGGUCGACGCGCAAAGACUCGGACGCGGCGAAGGGCAAGGGUGGGAAGGCUGGUGCGGCGGACCCGCUCAAGGAUGAGACGCUCAAGGGCACGAUGAUGAGCGAGUGGUCGUUCGAUACCUUGCGAGCUGAGGCGGAGGCGGAGAAGGAGGGGGAGGCGUUGGCGAAGGUGCAGGGCGCCCAGCCGGUCGAUCCCGCUCUCGCCGCUCUCUCACCUCCUACGCCCGAACCCUCCAUGUCCGCCCUCGUCGCCGCCUCGUCCUCCCCCGCCUUCGCAGCCGUCAACGACAUCCCGUACCGCCCGCCUUCCGUUCCUCCCUCGCGCUCGGCCAGUCCGAGCAAGAAGAACUCGUACCGUGCCAGACACGAUAUCAAUGGGACUGUGCUUGCGGCGGGAGAUGUCGGUUCUGGGCUCAACACCGUCCGACCCAUCAAGCGCCUCGACUCAGCCACCUCGCACCGCAACUCGACCGAGUUCAUCCGUACCGUCUCGCAACGCCAGCGCCAGCAUGCGCCCUCACUCCCCUCUCCCGCCUCGUCCAGCAAAGAGUCGCUCGUCUCGUCCGCGGCAGAGACGGACGACGUCACGAGCGAGAUCACGCCCGACACGUCCGCUGCGAGUCUCGCGCCUCCUUCGGAGAACGGGCGUGAGGAGGAAGUCAAGAAGCUUGGCAGGACGGUCGUGCGGGACGUCAUCAGUCCCGUCAUUGACUCGAUGUGCGCGCCGCAGCGGAAGAAGAAGGGUAGCAAAGAUGUUGGGGAAGAGAAGGAGGCAAACGCGGCGGAGCUGGAGUCGCUUACGAUGAUUCGGAAGGGGUUUGAGGAGCUCGCGGCGAGUCGGCCUGAGCUUGCUUGGAAGCUUGUUGAGGGCGUCUUGAGCGGAGUCAACGACAACUCAACCAUCCGCUCGUCCCUCCCCCACGUCUCCCCCUCCCUCGCCGCCGCAUACGCCUCCUCCACCCCCUCUCCCACCGCAGCAGCCCGCGACUCGCUCAUCGCCACCCCUCACGGACCCGCCGUCCUCCUCUCCACGCUCGACCGACACGCCCGCCCUCUUCCUCGCGUGGAAGAUCCUGAUUCGUCUGAUGAGGAAGACGAGGCAGCAGAUGGGAGGGGAAAGAAGGAAGGGCAGGAGGAGAGGAGCCCGAUUGCGCAGAUGUUGUGGACGAGGUGGUUGCUUGGGUUGAGGGAGCAACUCGGUCUCGCCUGA